GGGGGCAUUCCCAAGAUACUGUGCCAAGGGCCAAGAGAGAUCACCCGCACCCGUAGACGCAAACGAGCAUACAGGCUUGAGCAUACGUACCAAUUGUCGGCUGCAUAGGUACUGUAGGUAUCGCACAGUUUCUAUCUAUCUGUUGAUUUAAUGAUUAGUUGUGCCUGUUGAUUUAAGGAUUAGAUUGUUGUGUCUGAACCAGUGAUAUAUGUCAUUAUUCAAGUUAAAGGACUGGUGGUCUACAACCCUCGGCCACCGUGAACAGUUUAGUGGCGGCGGCCUCGCAGCAGGAAUCAUUGAUAACUCAGGAAAACCUCGAAUAGUAUCCGGCUCGUUGCAGGGCUGGCUACGGGUUCACAACCCAUUAAUGCCCAAUAGAACCCCAGACAGCACAAAAAGCCUACUGUUGGAAGUCCGUCUGGAUGCUCCAAUCUAUCAACUCAAAGUUGGCCGUGCACACGCAAUAGCUGUCUUACAUCCUAGUAAACUAAGGGUAUGCACAUGCUCGGCGCGCACCAAUCAGGGCUCGAGUAUCGAAACUUCUCAUUUGGAGCUAACUGCGCAAUAUAUUCACGACUUCGAAGUGACGAAUAUUGGAACGCAUGCUUUCUCUAUGUGUCUGGGCUCAUUUGGGGGGAGUACUGAUCGAGAGAUGAUCCUGGUCCAGCAUAUGGAUGGCCACGUUACAAUAUACGAUUACGAUGUUAUAUCAGCGAAGUUUGCAUACUUUGAACUGCAUCGUAAGGAUUAUCGCUGCUUUAUUUAGGUUGAAAUACUCUGCCACUGCUUCCAGGAUUGUUUAGCGCCAGGACCGAUCGAGUAUGUCCAAUCUGCAGAUGCAUUCGUAACAAGUAACGUGGCCAUGUCGAUUGCUUGUUAUAAGUUUCAGGUCUUUCAAGUUGUAAUUUGUGCUCAGAUGUCUACCAACUUACGAAUUAGGCACUAGCACAUUCCACUAAUCAAGACAAGUCAGCCUCACUUCAAACUAGUGGAACCUUAAUUGAAGCCAAAGACAAAUGUGUCGUCUUGCCUUGUAACAGCAAUAAAACCAGGCGAGUUGUGACAGCAGAUUGGAUAUGUAAUGUUGGUGAGCUAAUUCUUUCAUUUGGCAUCGCCCACGUAAGGAUGACUUCAAUAUGUGAUGACAGCGCAUGUGAAAUACAUAAUGCGCAUGUAGACUCUGUUCCCAGGUCAGAUUGUUGCUCUUGGCGAGCAUACUCUAUUUAUUGUAUCAGUGGACGGUGUUCUGCAAGCCUCCAAACUGAUGGAUUUCCAUCCCACGUCAUUAUGCAUCUGCCCUACAUUUGGAAUUGAGGCAUGGCCACGAGUACUUGAAUAAAAACAUCACUAGUUGUAAUCUUGCAGUAUUUAGGUACUGGAACAAUGCGCAUCGGAAAUGAAUAGCAGCCCUCACGUCUGUUGUGAUGUUGAUAAUAUCAUUGUUUAUGGUUCUGAUGCUCGUGUCUAUGUGCUAAAUUCCGCACUGCAAGUUAUUUGGGUUGCGUGUGGUGGCGUGAGUAAGCCUCUUUCCAUUUCUUUGUUUAGCGUUGGCUGGCAGCGCCUUAAGUAUUGGUUCACUGUCUACAUGCCUGCUACCAGGUACUAUGCACUACGUUAACAAAGGCUGGCAUGAUGUUGGUUGUGCAAAGCAACGUGUUAUUUCAGCUGCAUUACUGCAUCUGAUUGUUGACUAGGUACUAGAUGACACUGGCAAUGUGAUGACACAGCGCGCAACCCAUCGUGAUCAAUAAUUUCGAAAAUAAUAGCUAAUCCUCAGUUUAGGUUUCUUGGUACGGAACCGGUGUCAAAAGUGCCGCUUAAUAAGCUGUCAGCUAUUCAAGUCGCCCCCUCUGCUACUGUAAGAGAGUUCUUGUCUUUGCGCAAAGAAGCGACUAGUCCCAGGACUGAGGAGAUUUCUGCCGCACGUUUGUUUAUUAGAGCUCGGGCCGCUCGGGCUCAAAGGGAUAUAACCAAAUACCAAUUUGAUCAAAAGCGGUGCUUUGAGGCCUCUGCCAGCAAUGAGAUCAUCAAAAGUAGCAAGAUUGGUGUGCAAAAUUCAAACAUCCAAUACUCGGCGUUGAUUAGGUUGUAUGCAGAAACGCCAGGGGUUUCAAACGAGGGGCCUUGGAGUAAAAAACCUGUUGAGCGUGUCACCACAAGUGCACUACUAUUCGCUUCCUGCUCCGGCGAAAGUGCGUUCCCUAAGGCUUUUGUCACGGUUAAUUCACCUUCAUGGGUGCACAUGCCGAAAGUUACGAUGGUCACUGAUGUUGGUCGCGAGACAUCGAAGCCACACUGGUUAGAGUUUUUCUUUUAUGCCCAAAAGCCAUUUCCAGCCGCCACCAUGCGAGUUGCAGCCAUCGCCAAAUAUCGAUCGACAGAGAGUCACAUUAAAUUUGCGUCCGUGGCUCUUCGACUUCCUCUGGCCCUGAACUGUCGUUUGCAAUCAACACCACAAUCUCAACGGGCCGCCUAUAAAAUUACACUAGAUACAGACAAGGAAGCAGCCAAACGCAGUGCACGAUGUCCCAGGUUUAGGAGACCAACACUUAAUUAUGUUUUAGGUUGAAAUGUUUGAUCUUUUCGCAGACAUGCUUCUUCAAACAGACAUGAAAUCAAAAGAAUUAAGAUUCGCUGCCCAGCAAGCCAUUUCUUUUGAGUUCCACUUCACAACAGAUGAUUUAUUACCCACAGCAAUAGCCAAACCAUCCCCUAAAGUACAGGUAACUGGCACUUUGAUUGUAUCCAGGCAUACUAGUAGUUAUAGCAUUCAGAGCACUGCUCUUCCUGCUCUCUGGCUGCUUACAAAUGAGCUGUGCACUAGGCUACAAUGCCGAUGGUACGAUAGGGGUGGUGUAAAAAUCUCGUAUAAGGAACCUCUUCCUCUGUCUGACUAUUUUGCUUCGGUAGAUGAUCAUCAUGCAACUCGAGUUGCUUUACGUAUCGCAGAGUCCGCCUUAAACGACGCGUCUCAUCAGUUUCGAACAAUAGAAAAACGCUUACUUAUUCGUUUCAAGGAUGGUCGCCCUGUACAGAUCAAUCACCUAAGCUUGUUGAUGCGGCAAACACAUCAUAACUUGCAGCGACUAGCCUCGAUUAUCCAACACGCUCAAUUAGAGCGACGAAGGAGCGCAAGCAUAUUGGCUUGCUCUACCAAUCUUCUUGUUUCUCUGAUGCACUUUCAUUUUGGACUCUCCGCGAAGAAAAUCGCAAAUAUCUCAAGUCACAUGAAUCCUGAUGUUGUCUCUCUUAACCUGGCCGCGCGUGAAGUUGGGCUGGCUGGCUGGGAAGAGGUUGCGGAUAUGUCAAUGGCUUUCUUGCUAAAGAACAAUAUCAUGAGACGCGCAUCUAAGAGUACGCCAAUAAAACCAGCUGUUCAAGCAGCAACAUUGGCUUUCCCGUCGACGACAGAUACGCUUAAGAAAAGAAUCGCAAUUAUCUGUCAUAAACUUGAUCCCGUAAAGUAGUAUCCAGAAGCAGCGAUCGCUGUUCGACUUACUGACAAUGCGAAGUCAGAUGAAUUUAAUCUGCAGUCGGCAUGUCCACACGAAUCAAUGCUUUUUUUUGCCUUCUCUGUGGCCAACGUAGUUUCACAGUCAGACUACUCCAAAGUGGUGCGCAUAGCCUGUAUUGCCAACGCCCACAGAGUCCAGCCAAGCUCCAAGGCCCAAAAAAAAACAGACCACAAUGGCAUCAAGGAGCCCAACAAAAUCGCUUAUAUGCAAAUAGUCUUGGCCUUCUGAGGCCCUCGUACCAGACGUGGGUCAGAUGCUUCGUCACAAAAAGUUAGGCAUUCUGAUCUGGCAAGUAAGGACCAUGCCUACCUAUUACCUCCUCGCCACUCCGCUCGGCUAGCGUCGGCCGGGUCCACCGUGGACGCGACUUGCUGCGCACUGGCAGCCUGAGAGCCCGAGAGAGAGAGAGAUGAUGAUAUAAGUUGAGUGCUUUUCUACACCACUGUUUUGAUUUUAGAGGCCAAUUAAGCCCUAUUCGCUGCGUUCAUAGGACAAUCGGCCUCUAAUCAAAAAAGGUUCACGAUGUAAAAAAGCACUCAACUUAUAUCAUCAUCGAGAAAGUCCGAGUCGAAGUGAGAGUCGCUUAUCAUGAUUGAGCUCUCAGGCUACUAGCAGCCCCUCUAGCACGCCGCCGGGUCCCCCCCCCGAGUUGCGUAGGGAGAGGUAGGGUCCCAAUCCGCCAGUGACUGUAUUCUUGCUACUUGAAGUUAUUACUAGUAGAAUUACUGCCAUUCAGCUCCGAGUCCCGCCCAUUAACAUAUCCCUCCGACUGGCCGUCGCAGAUGCCGUCGCACACAAUUGUCGUGACCAAUUGGGACUAGUCGGCCGAGCCGUCGUUCUCAGCGAGCGGGGUGGUGGAUGAGCCGUCGGCGUAGCCAACGACGUACGCCGAGAGAGCCUGGGAUUUAGCUGCGUCGUGCCGUUAGGUUCCAAUAUCUAGAGGACACGUACCGCCCAUUGGUGCCCAAUAGAGAGAAGUCCCUACCUAGUGGUAACCGUGACCGGCCAUUGUCGCUUAGUUAACUCUUUCACUAUUACCAAGUCGACCAUGUAACCUCACUCACGGCGUAGUCUACGAGCUUGUGUUGCCGAGCUUGUGUUGCACACGCAUACGUCGAGUACUAUGAUACACCGGGUGCCUCCGUCAUGCCCGCAGGCCCAGGCUUGCUAGAGGUCCUCAAAACAUUCUGAAGCCUGAUUAGUUUCCCAUUUUGCUUACUUCAAUUUAAUUAAGCUUAUUGCAUGUAGAAGCAAGAAGCUUACUUUUUAUUCAGCGUUUUGCAUUUAGAUAAUUGAUUAUGAAACUUUAUAUGUCCAGGGUGGG